AUGACGGGGACAAAUCUGAAGACGCAAAAUGGAAAUAUGACGACAGCCUAUAAAAAAGAAAAGAGAAAGUUAAAAACGGAAUUUAUAACACGUAUUACGGAAUUAGAAGCGAAAUUUAAAGCUCAUGGUGGAACAAAAACCUAUCAAAAAUUACUAUCUGAAAGGAAAAAGCUAGCUGCAUUAGAAACAUCGGAAAUCCAAACACAGUUGGCAUAUACUAAGCAAAAGUAUUGGUUAGCCGGACCGAGAGCGAUACGGUUACUAGCUUGGAAAGUCCGUAAAAAAAGGGCGGCUAACACUCUUACUGAAAUUAAGGACAACCAAGGCAUUAGACAAGUUACUACAAACAAAAUUAAAAACGCUUUCCACGAAUAUUACCAAUCAUUAUAUUCCUCCACAGACCCGAAUCAAAUUCACAUAACAGAAUUUUUAUCAAAACAUUACUCACAGAAUUGUCUCACUGAGGAGCAUAAGAAACAGCUAGAUGAACCGUUCACUGAACAAGAAAUUAUUGCAACAAUCCGUUCGCUUAAGAACAACAAAUCACCUGGAACGGACGGAUAUUCGGCUGAAUUUUAUAAAAAAUUUUAUCCCCUUUUUAUAUCCCAUUAUACUAACGUAUGCAAUAAUAUAGUCCAAGGCGGGAAGCUGCCACCCACGUGGAACUUAGCUAAAAUUAUUGUACUAUUAAAGAAGGAUAAAGACCCACUUAACACCAAAUCAUACCGUCCAAUUUCCCUUUUGAACGUAGAUUAUAAAAUUUUCACAGCCACACUAGCCUCUAGGAUAAGUAAAAUUAUUAGUUCCUAUAUUAAUUUAGACCAAACUGGUUUUAUUCCCGGAAGGGAUAUCACCGACAACACCAGAAAAAUCUUGGAUGUUAUACAUUAUUGUCGUAAGAAUAAGAUCAACUCCUCAUUUAUUGUUUCCGUAGAUAUGGAAAAGGCUUUUGACUCAGUGGAACCCAGAUACCUGGAUACCCUACUACAAAAGAUGAACUUUGGUCAGGUGUUUCAAACGGCGCUGGACCACCAAGAUAUGGUCAUACUUAGGAAUCAAAAUCCCAAUCAGAAUGGAAGAUAUACUCAAAGAUUCCACUUGAGUGGUACUGUAACCGAGCCUGCUACUGCAACAGAACCAGAAAUGACGUACAAAGUGGCCAUUAGUUUUGACCGGUGCAAAAUCACUUCUGUGACAUGUGGUUGUGGGAACAAGGACAUUUUUUACUGUGCUCAUGUUGUGGCACUCUCACUGUACAGGAUUCGCAAGCCUGAUCAGGUCAAACUCCGUCUUCCUAUCUCAGAGACCCUUUUCCAAAUGAACAGGGACCAGCUCCAAAAGUUUGUUCAGUAUUUGAUCACAGCCCACCAUACGGAAGUACUCCCAACAGCCCAGAAACUGGCUGAUGAAAUCUUGUCCUCCAACUCUGAAAUCAACCAACUCCAUGGUGCACCAGACCCCACUGCAGGGGCUAGCAUUGAUGAUGAGAAUUGCUGGCAUUUGGACGAGGAACAAGUGCGAGAGCAGGUGAAGCUGUUCCUCUCCCAAGGAGGGUACUAUGGCUCUGGGAAGCAACUGAAUUCCAUGUUUGCUAAGGUCCGUGAAAUGCUGCGAAUGAGAGAUUCCAAUGGAGCCAGGAUGCUGACGCUAAUAACUGAACAGUUUAUGGCAGACCCACGGCUUGCUCUUUGGAGGCAACAGGGAACGGGCAUGACAGACAAAUGCCGGCAGCUAUGGGAUGAGCUGGGGGCCCUGUGGGUAUGCGUUGUGUUAAACCCUCACUGUACACUAGAAGAGAAGGCCUGCUGGCUUCGACAGCUCCGGAAAUGGGGCGAUAUGGAUGUUUGCCCUUUGGAAGAUGGAAAUUAUGGCAAUGAACUUCCUAACAUCACUACUGCACUUACACAGAGCUCCAAUCAUCAGCAAGACUCCUUAGCAAGGCCGAGACGCACCGUGUUCACUCGUGCUAUUGAAGGCUGUGACCUGCACUGGCAGGACAGCCACCUCCAACGAAUAAUCAGCAGUGACUUCUACAUCUCUCCUUCUUUCCAAAGGGAGGGUGAGGGCCUUCUCUUCAACUCACAAGGACAGCCAUUAUGGCUGGAGCAUGUCCCUACAGCCUGUGCCCGGGUUGAUGCUCUUCGAUCCCAUGGAUACCCUAAGGAAGCUCUCCGCCUGACUGUGGCUAUCAUCAACACCUUGAGAUUGCAGCAGCAAAGGCAGCUUGAGAUAUACAAGCAUCAAAAGAAAGAACUGCUGCAGAGAGGAGCAACCACCAUCACAAACCUGGAGAGCUGGGUGGGACAUCCCCUCAACCCCAUUGGCUGCUUGUUUCUCACUCUGACAGAAGCCUGUCGAGUAGAAGAUGAAAACUGUCUUGAAAUCUCAGAUGCUGGAGAUUCCAAGCCUCCAGUGUAUCAGCAUGUGCCUGUGGCUAACAGUUGCCCUGAAGGUGGAGAAUCCUACCUAUCCCUGGCUUUGGAAGUGGCAUUGAUGGGGAUGGGCCAGCAGCGGGUGAUGCCGGAGGGCCUUUAUGCUCAAGACAAAGUGUGGCGCAACGAAGAGCAGAUCAUUGUCCGCCUGCAAGAGCUGGAGCUGGACGCUGUGUUGGUGCAGACACUGCGCAAGCAGUGCAUCCUGCUUUUGGAAGGUGGCCCCUUCAGUGGCCUUGGUGAGGUCAUCCACCGUGAAAGUGUCCCAAUGCACACCUUUGCCAAGUACCUCUUUUCUGCCUUGCUGCCACACGAUGCUGAUCUGGCCUACAAGUUGGCCCUGCGCUCCAUGCGGUUGCCAGUUUUAGAGACGACUCCUUCUGGUGAUGUCACACACCCUCACCAUAUUGUUUCGGUGGUACCUAGCAGGUACCCACGCUGGUUUACUCUGGGACACUUGGAAUCGCAACAGUGUGAACUUGCUUCUACUAUGCUGACAGCAGCCAAAGGAGACAUGCUGCGUCUGCGCACUGUCCUGGAAGCAAUUCAGAAGAACAUCCAUUCCUCCUCCCUGAUCUUCAAGCUGGCGCAGGAUGCCUUCAAGAUUGCCACUCCUGCUGACAACAGUUCUGACACAACCCUGCUCAAUGUGGCAUUGGAGCUAGGACUGCAGGUGAUGCGCAUGACCCUAUCAACUUUAAACUGGAGACGAAGGGAGAUGGUGCGAUGGCUGGUGACCUGUGCUACUGAAGUGGGUGUACGGGCCCUGGUCAGCAUCUUACAAAGCUGGUAUACCCUCUUCACCCCCACUGAAGCUACCAGCAUAGUAGCGGCAACUGUGAUGUCCCACAAUACCAUAUUGCGCCUCAGCCUGGACUAUCCACAACGAGAAGAGCUGGCCAGCUGCGCUCGCACUUUGGCCCUGCAGUGUGCUAUGAAGGACCCCCAGAACUGUGCCCUCUCAGCCUUGACUCUGUGCGAGAAGGAUCACAUUGCCUUUGAGACUGCUUAUCAAAUUGUUAUAGAUGCUGCUUCCACAGGCAUGACUUAUUCACAGCUCUUCACAAUUGCACGGUACAUGGAGCAUCGUGGCUACCCACUGCGGGCCUUCAAGCUGGCAUCCCUUGCCAUGACCCACCUCAACCUUGCCUAUAAUCAGGACACGCACCCUGCCAUCAACGAUGUGCUUUGGGCCUGUGCACUCAGCCACUCUCUGGGGAAAAAUGAGCUGGCAGCCAUCAUCCCAUUAGUGGUGAAGAGUGUGCACUGUGCAACAGUGCUGUCUGAUAUUCUGCGGCGCUGCACCAUGACUGCACCAGGCCUGGCCGGCAUUUCUGGCCGCAGGAACUCUGGGAAACUGAUGUCAACAGACAAAGCACCUUUGCGCCAAUUGCUGGAUGCUACAAUAAGCGCCUACAUCAACACCACACACUCCCGGCUCACCCACAUCAGCCCUCGGCACUACGGAGAGUUCAUAGAGUUUCUCAGCAAAGCCCGGGAGACUUUCUUGCUGGCCCAGGAUGGCCACAUUCAGUUUGCCCAGUUUAUAGACAACCUCAAGCAGAUCUACAAGGGUAAAAAGAAGCUCAUGUUGCUGGUGAGGGAGCGAUUUGGAUGAGUUUCUCCGCAACGAAAAGACGGGCCCCUGAUUACUGUUGGUGGAUUCAAGUGCUUACUGGGCAAGACUAUGUUUUCCAUUGGGCAAGGAUUCCCAGAGUCUUCAAGGAACAUAAACCAAAAGUCAGCAUAGUAGGAAUGGUUUGCUUCCCACCCACCACUCACUUGCAAACACCUCAGCAAUACCAAAAGCUAACCAGGAAAUAGAAUACCUCUUCCCCAAAGGGCAUGGCGGAUGGAGGCUGAAAAGCAAAAAAAAUCCACAAAGGAGGGACCGAAGCAUGUUGGCGCAGCCU